UAUUGAUGUGGCGGGGAUUCUGCAGAUGUAUAUAUAGAGGCGGCAGCCCUGUGUGUGAGCAGAGAGCUUCAGCGCUGAUCACCAGGGAACGAGACCAAACAGGAGCCAGAACUCAGAGCUGACCACCACAGUGCUGAUCUCCACAGCCAGCCACUCGACUCUGCCAGCAUGACCCUCCACAUCCAAUACGCCGUCCUGCUCUGCACCGCACUCUUUCACCUCAGUCAAGGGCGUUGGGGUAAUGAUGGAGCCAUGGACUGCUGCCUGGAGGUGAGCCACAAGGUUAUCCCCAGAAAGAUCGUGGCCGCCUACAAGGUACAGGGCAGCAGCAGCGGCUGCCGCAUCCAAGCCGUUGUCUUCAUCACGGUCAAAAACAGGAAGCUGUGUGCCCCACACGAUGCCCGCUGGGUAAAGAAUUUGAUGAGGUGGUCUGACAAGACCCAUGGAUCCAGCGGAUAAUAAAAGCCAGCAUGACGCGAGGUGAAGUGAGAGUGCGAGGAAGUUUCAUGGUUCCCGCCAGGACCUUGCAUAGUCUACGCCGUCUUUCAUCUUCACUACGCUGUGAGAGGCUCUCUCAAACAAUCCCAGAACAAUGUGAAUGCAUUUUCUCUUCCCUUCUCCUUUCAUCCACCAGAUCUUUUCCCCACCCCCUCAUCUUCCCUUACCCCCCACCCCCCCUCCUGUGCCCCACCUGGACCUGUACAUAUCUCCCUCCUCCCACCUUCAUUCCGUCCUCUGUCUGCACACUUCGCAACUCGCCAAUCGUUUUGUCUCACAGCUUCCGUCUUUGAAUCUCUCUUCCACCCAUCUGCCUACCAAAUACAACCCCCAACCUACCAGCCUACCAGCCCCUCCUCUCUUUGCCAGCUUUCCCCCCCUCCCACAAUCAGUGAAGAAGGGUCCCAACCUGAAACGUCACCUAUCCAUGUUCUCCACAGAUGCUGCCUGACCCGCUGAGUUACUCCAGCACUCUGUGAAACGUCGCCUAUCCAUGUUCGCCACAGAUGCUGCCUGACCCGCUGAGUUACUCCAGCACUCUGUGUCUAUCUUGUGCAAUGACUGGUAUUUCGGAUCCAUAGGUUUGAGCAAGUUGUUUACACUGAGGGUGGUGGGCGCAUGGAACACUUCCAAAGAUGGUCUUCGAGUCGUAUAGAACGGAAAGAGACCCUGCAGCCCAUCUUGUCCAUAUCGACCAUCUAUGCUGGUCCAAUAUGGCCACCUUUGGCCCAUAUCCUUCUAUCCAUAUAUAGAGCCGUGAAGUCAUAGAAGACGGAAACAGGCCGUUCGGCCCAAAUCGUCCAUACCAACCAAGAUGCCCCAUCAAAGCUAGUCCAAUUUGCCCAUCUUUGGCCCAUAUCCCUCUAAACCUUUCCUGUCCUUUUGUCUUUGGUUCACUAUUGUCGCGGGUACCGGUGUGUAAUGAAAGGCUUUGAUUUGCAUGCUGUCCAAGCAAAUAAGAUAUACCAUACUCAUCCACGUACCAGCCCCAGCUUCUUUUAAAUGGUUAGGAAGGAACGACAGAUGCUGGUUUACACCAAAGAUAGGCACAGAAUGCUGGAGUAACUCAGCGGGUCACAAAAUGUCAUUCAUUCCUUCACUCCAGAGAUGCUGCCUGCCCUCUGCUGAGUUACUCCAGCAUUUUGUGCCUGGCUUCUAAAUGCUGUUCUUGUACCUGCCUCAACUACCUCCUCUGGCAGCUCGUUCCAUACACCCACCACCCUUGGUGUGAAAGAGGUGCUCCUCAGAAUCCAGGGGUUUGUUGGGUCAGAGGUACUGGGGCGAUGGCCUGUGCAAUGGUUCAAAGGUCAGGGAUGAGGGUUUGGGUCAAGGGUCAGAGGGUUUGGGAAUCAGGGAUGGAGGGCAGAUGUCAAUUCAGAAAUUGAAUUUUCUAGAAAUAAGUUUCAGGAAAACACUUUGUAUUUGUUAAAGUUGAAAUUUAACGACAGGAACUGGCAUGAUCUUUGUUUAUUUUUUUUGCAUUUGUAAUAUAUGCUUUGUCGCUCUUAUUUUCAUGAAUCAUAAACAUUGUAGACUGCUUAUAUGAAUAAACUACCUGAUUUAACA